AUGGAUAUUUCUUCUACCCCACGAUCAAGCUUGCCCGGUGUCAAAAAAGUACUGAUCGCGAAGAAGCUGGCUUCUCGCACUGAUUUGUUUCUGAUUAUUUUUGGUAUUGUUGCGGUGGCAUGGGCCAAAAAUUGGGAAGGCAAUGUUGUCUUUUCGGUCACUCCUUUGGUGACAAGCUUGUUUGAUUCCGUCCACAUUUCCAGUAUUCUGGAUAUCGUCUUGUAUAUUCUCGUGACCGUCUUGCUUCCGUUCUACUCCAAGUUUGCCGACAUGGUAGGCAGAACCGAGGCUUUCACGGUCGCCAUCGUUUUCUAUGUCGUCUCCGGUACCGUUCAAGCCACAGCCCAAAACUUGGACACUCUUGUGGGCGGUCAAGUUUUAUAUUCUUUCGGUUAUGCCGGUGUGCACGUCCUCGGCCACGUUCUCAUUGCAGACAUGACAAGCCGUGUGAAUCGUGGUCUUUUCCAGGCCUUUUACGACGUACCGGCUAUUGUCAACAUUUUCGUGGCUCCGUUUGUGGGCGACGCUCUUUGGCGAUCAGGCCAGUGGCGCUGGACUUAUUCCAUGAUUCCUUUUGGUAUUGGUCUUACCAGCAUUCCCUUAUUGACAGGUCUUUUCAGAGUCGAGAAAAAAGUCAAAAAGUCUGGAUUGAUGAAACCUUUGCCUUCCGACCAACCCACCAAGAAAAAAUCCGUGUGGCAACACAUCGUUUCGUUUGCGGUCGAAAUGGACGUCAUCGGUAGCAUCCUGUUCGUCGGUGCGCUCUGCCUUAUUAUGUUACCAUUGGUGCUCGCACUGAGCCGUUUUGGUGGCUGGGGUUCGCCUACCACCAUCGGCACCAUUGUCGGUGGCGUCGUAUGCUUGCUCCUAUUUGGUAUUUGGGAAUGGAAAUUCGCAGAAAAGCCUUUGGUGCCUAUGGCAAGCUGGGAUAAUCCUACACCGUUUGCCGGUGUGUUGACCUGCUCGACGAUCAGUAUCAUUGCCGCUACCAAUUGGCAGUACUUUUUGGUUUAUCUGCAAAUCUCUCGCAAGUUGGGUGUGAUCCCGGCCACGUUAUUAGUGCGUGGGUACGAUGCCGCUUUCUUGAUUUCUCAAGUCUUGGCCGGUUUCCUCAUGAAGCGUUACAAAAUCUAUCGUCCCUUUGUUCUUGGCGGUAUUUGUCUCCUCUUGCUCGGUAUUGGUUUGAUGAUCCCGGCUCGUUUCCCGAAUUCUGCCACAGCAUUCCUUGCCAUUACUCAGGUCAUUGCUGGCUUAGGUGCCGGCAUGAUUUACGUACCCAUUUUAGUGGCGGUGCAAAGUUCGGUCCCCCAUAAAGAUUUGGCCAUUGUUACGGCUUUCUUCCAGAUUGGUGGUACAAUUGCCACCAGUAUUGGCUCCACGGUCGCUGGCGCUAUCUGGAAUUCCAUGCUUCCUGAUCAAAUCGCCAAACAUGUGCCCGGUGACUACAUUUACGAAAAAAUUGUCGGUGACAUUGGAUAUGCUACUUCCCUGCCUGCUGAACAGUUUGCUGGCGUCGUCACUGCUUACGGAAAUAUCCAACGUAUCUUGUCCAUCGUGUCGCUCUGUCUCGCUGCUCUGGCUCUGUUAUUCUUCCUUGGUAUGCGCUCCUUUGGUUUGGAAGAACCCGAAGAGGACAAUGCCGUCUUGCCCAACCCGGAAUCCACUGUGAACGCCGUAUUGGACGAAUCAUCGACCACCUAUGGCACCUCCAAAAUGGCCGUUGAUAAAUACUAA